AUGUCCAUCUCCCUCCCCAACGGCACGCUCCUCGCCGCCCCCUCCUCACACCAGGUACAGCUCUCCGCAGCCGUCACCCGCAUCCUCCAUCUCGCACGCUUCUCCCCAGAGCUCAAGACCCGCGACCUCCAGCUCAUGUUCAAAGACUGGGAGAGCGACAGAGGGGGCUACAGAAUCAAGUGGCUCGACGACACCAACGCCUUGAUCGUCUUUGCCGAUGCCAACGUCGCCAAACGCGCAUACCUCUCCUUCCUCCUCCGCCCGCCUUCUGCCUUCUCGGGCCUCAUCCGCCCCUACGACCGCCCCGACGCAGCCGCCAUCAUCCAAUCCCUCGCCGCCCGCUCCCUCGGCCACCGCUCCGGCAUGUCCUCCGUUGCCCACACGUCGGGCCAACCCCCCAUCUCUGGUCCUCCCGCCCCCUUCCCGUUCCCCGCCAACAACGACCCUGCUGCGCCCCAGGUGCAUAGCCGCGCUAUGAGCGUCACCAACGCGCACCACCAUUCUAAAUCAGGCUCCAUCUCGGGUUUGCCUGGGGGUGCUGGUGCGCCGGCUGGUGCGCCGGGAGGCGUGGCGGGUGCGCCGAGGAGAGCAGGACAUGGUCGUUCAGGAUCGGCGUCUUCGUCGUGGGGACGCAAUGCCCUCCCUGGUGCGCUCAGCGGCUUGACCAGCGGACUCGGGUCUCUCGGAGGCCUCGGAGGUAGCGCAGGGCUUGCAGGCGGCGCGCUCUCCUUCCCCAACGCUUCUUCCAAACCCACCCUCCCCACACACGAUGAAUCAUCCGGCGGGCCACCUUCCCGCUCUGCGAGCACCUCGAGCGGCGAAGCCGUCUUACUCGUCGACCCGAGUGCGCGAACCGGGAUGAGGACAGCUUCGGCUACUGGGAGUGUGGAGGGUGCAAAUAGGCCGAGGAGGGAUAGUGUCAGCGCGGACAAGGCGUUGAGGGAGGUGCAGAAGGCGUUGGCGUCUACGAGCUGA